GAAGAUCCUGGGAAACAUCUCGAGAUUGCAAGGAGCCGAGAUCACAUGCUAUUGGUGUCUGGAAGCCGCAAUUGUUGAACAGAGGAUGGCAUGGCAGUGACGUUACAUACAUCCCUUGGAGACCUGAAGAUCGAAGUCUUCUGCGAGGAGGUGCCAAGGAGUGCAGAGAACUUUCUCGCUCUAUGCGCCAGCGGAUACUACAAUGAGACCAUCUUUCACAGGAACAUCCGUGGAUUUAUGAUCCAGGGAGGGGACCCAACAGGCACAGGCAAGGGUGGAAAGAGCAUCUACAGCACUCCCAAUGGCAAAUUUCCUGAUGAAAUCUUUGAUCAUGCUCUGCUGAAGCACAACAAACGCGGCAUUGUGUCAAUGGCUAACAGCGGUCCCAAUACAAAUGGCAGCCAAUUCUUCAUUACCUACAAGACACAUCCAACGCUGAAUGGCAAAUACACUGUCUUUGGUCAUGUCAUCGAUGGGCUUGAUGUCCUGGAUAGAAUGGAGAAGGUCCCCACAGGUGCUGCGGACAGACCGCUGCAGGAAAUCAAGAUCGAUAAGAUCACAAUACAUGCCAACCCUCUGGCGGGGUGAAAUUGCAACAGACAAGAGGGACACGUCCUGUACCCAGUACUGUGUGACGGCAGGUCUUUGUCUGGCUUUGGCAUGUGUUGACAAAUAUCUGCUUUCACCCAUGUCAGGGGAGCUCUGGAUAUGGUGUGUAUGUCUUCAGUUGCCAUUAAGGAGUGCUACACAUUAACUGUUUAGAAAAUGCUCAUACAGCAUUUAAGUCUUGACCCAAAUGCAGCAAAUCAAACUCCAGCCAGAAGGGCCUUAUUCUGUGCAGCAGCUCAAAUUGGGAUGCGCAGAAACGUGCCACCAGUGGUUCUUUUCUUCUCCUUUAUCUUCUCACAGUGUGCAAUGCAGCUGGAAAUCUUAAGAUCUUUAUGUAAAAACAAUCGUUGC